UAAAAGGAAAAGAAAGAAGUCAGUUUGUUGCUAUUGCGUCUUUCCGGGGGCUAGCAGGUACUGAAAUUGUUUAACGGCGAAUGCCAUGGCAACGUUGCUCUAUCUCUGCGAACCUACCGAGAGAAGCUCCGAGGACGAAGCGGAACAGCGACAGUCGUACCACGAAGAGGAACAACCCAACCAAGACUCACAGCAAACUUUGAACGGUGCCCAAAGCGAGGAGGAAAUGGACAACCCUACGAACAACGUGGACAUCGAGGCGAAUACGCAAGCGAUACUGGCUCUUCCAGUGGUGAGUCAACCGACCAAGAAGAAAAACGUUGUAAAGAACAAAGGCAUCGGAAAGUGUUCAAGAAGUCGUCAAAUACGAUUCAUAACUCAAAUGGGACUGUACGUAUGGUUGAAGACAUACUGGGAUCGAGAUGCGACCCUUCAGAUAAUGGGCAAGUUCGUGAGUGCAAUAAAAGAAAAAAGUCUCCAGACUCGGAACAUGGCUCUCGGCAAAAUGGUAAGACCCCUAAGCCAAAUAAUGAAACAAUUCAUUGCGGACUUGACGAAGUUAGACAAGCCUUUAAAAAAAGUAUCCUGGGAUGUUUUCGAGGAGUGGGCCUUAAACCAAGGAUUGUCCACGAUGUAUGGGAACUUCCAAACGAUGGCUUGGGAACAAGGUUUCGAGACAAUGUUAUACGACAUAUACGGGGAAACAUAUACUCAAUGGAUGCAGACCGAGAACCAGUCCGACACAGAAGAGGAAGAGGUAUACUCAUCAUCUCGCAACACAACGACCACAUGCAUGUCAUCCACGAUUGCACGUACAGUGGAGGAUCGUGCCGAUGCAGAUUCAUGCGCUACUUCCAGGAAUACACAACACAAGAAAGCCAAGACAGUGACUCUCAAUGCUCCCCAUGGUCAAAAAUUGAGAAAUCUCUUAACCUUGAAAUCGACGAUGAAUACGAAAAGCUACAAGUCGGACUCGGAGAAGCGUCCUAGCAAGAGACGCCUAUCAAUAGAGAACGAAUCGGAAGAGGAGGAGUUGAUCUUACCACCAUUGACGAAAAAACCGAAAUCGAGACACCACCAGAGAGUGUCAUCAGUGGAGGAAGCGAUAUCGGAGGAGGAGGAGGGAAGCGAUGCCUUAGACGCUAUGCUAGACGGUGUGGUACAGCAGCAGUGUACACUCCGGACCACUGGCUCUAUAUCACAGAAUAUUUGUGAAAAGCACCACGCCAAAUAUAUUUCUAUGAAGUCGCGGGGAGAGCGUGGUACGAAAGUGGUAAAAUUCGAGAUCUUUCCCUUCAAAGAUUGCUUGCGAAAACCCAAGCAGGAAUGGUGGAAAUCCGCGACCCUGCGGUCAACGUUCCUGUGCUAUUCGGACGACUCGCGUGUAGCGAAGCUGAUGGAAGAACUUACGAAGGAACUAGUGAAGCAGCUGCGCAAAUAAAGGGUAGGCGACCAGAGAAAACGUACGAUCAAAAUUUCUCUCCACGAAAAAAGAAACUAAUGAAAAAGGUUGAACAUUUGAAAUCGAAAAUGAGAAUAUUUAAAAAAAAGGCAAAAAUUUUCGAUAAUAUUGAAUCAAAAUUUCUUAAGACGAUGAUGUUUUCAGUAAUUAGAAAUCAAAAUCGUUCUGUUCAGGGCAAACGAUGGUCUGAAGAUGAAAAAGCUUUAGCCAUAGCAAUGUAUAAAAAAUCACCGAAAUUAUAUAGGUAUUUAAGACAUUUGUUACCCUUACCUAGUCCAAGGACUUUACAAAAUGUUCUUAGUAAGAUGCCAAUACAUCCUGGAUUUAACAAAGUGGUUAUUGAUCAUCUCAAAAGAAAGGCAAAUGAAUUAUCGGGUAAAAAUAAAACCUGCGUUAUUUUAUUCGAUGAGAUGUCUUUAAAAAAGAGGCUAAUCUUUAAUUCUGCUAAUGAUAAAGUUGAGGGCUAUGAAGAUUUAGGAGAACAUGGUCGAUCGGGAAAUUUAGCUGAUAAAGCUUUAGUUUUAUUAUCACAAGGUGUGCAUAAAAUUUUUAAGCAGCCGCUUGCACACUACUUUGUCAAAGGUACAAUAUCUUCAGAAAAAUUAGUAGCCAUUAUUAAAAAUGCAAUAAAAAUUGUUACCGAAAUCGGGUUUAAAGUAAUCGCGACUGUCUGUGAUCAAGGCCCAACGAAUGUUGGUGCUUUAAAUUUGCUCAAAAAUUAUCUGGACAACCCGUUGAUAGUAACUCUUACUUGGUGCAUAAUGAGAGAGUUUAUAUAAUUUAUGAUGUACCUCAUUUAUUCAAAUCGAUCCGGAACAACUUUUUCGAAGGCGGUAUUUUGGUUUUUGAUGGAAUUAAAGCUAAGUGGUCACAUUUAGUUGAAAUUCAAGAAAAAAUAGUAACACUUCAUUUCAAAAAAAUUACACCGCUGCACGUAAGUCCUAAGUUUCGCGCUAGAAUGAAGGUAAAACUAGCCGCACAAAUACUAAGUCAUGAUGUAUCUGCUAUUUUGAAAUUAUUUGCUGAAACAUUUGAUGUUAAUGUAAAAGAUGUUGAUGGAACAAUAAAACGUGAGUCAAUUUUGCAAACCGCUAAUGUCAUUCAGCAGUUAGAUAGAUUAUUUGAUAUAACUAACGGUCCAGCAUCAAAAAAAGAUGUGAGGAGAGGUAUACGCGUAAAUGUAUCCAAAAACAGUAUACAUCAUAAGUUAUGGCUAGAGUUGAAAAA